AUGCCUCCCAAGAAGGCGCAGGUGCAGGAGAAGGUCAUGCUGGGCCGUCCGGGUAACAACCUGAAGAGUGGUAUCGUUGGUCUGGCCAACGUCGGUAAAUCCACCCUCUUCCAGGCUAUUACCAAGUCCUCCCUGGGUAACCCGGCCAACUUCCCCUAUGCCACCAUCGACCCCGAAGAGGCUCGUGUCAUCGUCCCCGAUGACCGCUUCGACUGGCUCUGUGAGCACUACAAGCCCAAGUCGCGCGUCCCCGCCAACUUGACGGUCUAUGAUAUCGCCGGUCUGACCCGUGGUGCCUCCACCGGUGCCGGUCUCGGUAACUCCUUCUUGUCGCACAUCCGUGCCGUCGAUGCCAUCUUCCAGGUCGUCCGUUGCUUCGACGACGCCGAGAUCAUCCACGUCGAGGGUGAUGUCGACCCCCAGCGUGAUCUGAACAUCAUCAGCGAGGAGCUGCGCGUCAAGGAUAUCGAGUUCACCGAGAAGGCUCUCGACAACCUGAAGAAGCAGACUCGUCGUGGUGGCCAGUCCCUGGAGAUGAAGAAGCUCCGUGAGGAGGAGGCGACCGUUGAGAAGAUCCUGGCUCACCUGCAGGCUGGCAAGGAUGUCAGACACGGCGACUGGGCUCCUAAGGAGGUCGAGGUUAUCAACCCCCUUCUGCUGCUCACCGCCAAGCCGGUCGUGUAUCUGGUCAACCUGAGUGAGAGGGAUUACAUCCGCCAGAAGAACAAGUACCUGCCCAAGGUCUUUGAGUGGGUCAAGACCAACUCCCCCGGCGAUCCUCUGCUGCCCAUCUCGGCCUGCUUCGAGGAGCGUCUGACCCUGAUCGGCGACGAGAAGGCCGCCGAGGAGGAGUGCAAGAAGCUGGAGACCAAGUCCGGUCUGCCCAAGGUCAUCACCACCAUGCGCAAGGUGCUCAACCUGGCCAGCUUCUUCACCACCGGUGAGGACGAGGUCCGCCAGUGGACCAUCCGCAAGGGCAUCAAGGCGCCCGCCGCGGCCGGUGUCAUCCACACCGACUUUGAGAAGACCUUCAUCCAGGCUGUCGUCUACAACUAUGAAACCCUGCGCGAGCUCGGCGACGAGUCCGCUGUCAAGGCGGCCGGCAAGGUCAUGACCAAGGGCAAGGAAUACGUCGUCGAGGACGGCGAUGUCUUGUUGAUCAAGGCGGGUGCUGCACUUCCUCUUGCCCCCUCCGCGCGCUCAAAAGUCAAAUCCUCCGUCCAGCGCGGCCUGCGUCAGAAAUUCCUCGACGCGCACCCCGGUUUCGAGCCUUAUAUCGACGAGGUCUUGCCGAAGAAGGCCCAGCUGGAUGCUGUGAAGCUACCAGACAAGUGCACCCUCUACUCAAUCUCCACCGAACCCCUCUUCUACCAACCCCAAGACGGCCCGCCCAUCCCGCACCUGAAACUCGUCCACGCGUAUCCCUCCGCCCUCCCCACCAUCCAGAUCGACCGCGGCGCUAUCCGCUUCGUGCUGUCCGGCGCGACGCUCAUGGCGCCGGGUCUCACCUCCCCCGGUGGACGGCUGCCCGAUGCGGAACAUCAGUUGGAAGCGGGCACGGUGGUCGCUGUUGUGGCUGAGGGGAAGGAGUUGGCUUGUCUGGUUGGGCCGUUGAAGGUCGGCACGGAGGAGAUCAAGCAGAAGGGGAAGGGGGUUGCCUUGGAGGAGGGGCAUUAUUUGGGGGAUGGGUUGUGGGGGAUGGUUCUUGAUUAG